AUGUCAAGAAACCCAACAACAAUUAUGAUCUUUUUAUUGAUGUCAAUUUUAUUAUUGACCCAAAACAAUAAUCAAGUCUUGGCAGUUUCAGUUGGACAAUGCAUUGCAGCUUGUCGAACCAGUGUUGCUGCCAUGGAAGCCUUUUGUCGUGUCCCAGUCCUUCCUCCUCAAGUCAAAGCACUCUGUUGGGGUGUCACUCACUAUGCUACUCCAGCCGUUGCAACAUGUACCGGAUUUUGUUAUAAUAAUUUAAAAUAA